ACCCUACCUACCCUUUUCUCCCUUCAUCCCUUCGAAUAUCCCUGCUUUGAGUUCGCUCACGCAAACAUCUGGAGCAACUGACCCGACGCCUGCAGAAGCUCGGUUCAAUGCCCCAUUCUGCAUCUCGAGAUCCGUUUCAGCCUGCGACUCAGGCGCCUUGAGCGCAGCGCAGCAAAGUGACGAAGGCCAAAGCACUGCCAAAGGUUGAAAAUUGAAAACAAACACCGACAGACUUCCUUCGAAGGCGUCGCUCACGUUCGGCUUGGCUCAAGAUUCAAGUGUGCGGUAAGAUCUCUGCGCGAUCCAGGCCCGAGAUCUCGACGACGCUCAUACCUGCUCAACGUUUGCCAACCAUGUCGGACGACAAGGUCGACGUCGAGGGCGGGAAGCCAAAACAAAUACCGCAUUUGCGACAAGUCCUUGAUCAAUCUGGUGUCACUCCAGACGUCGAGAACUGGCAUUAUGAGGGCUCUGGCACCGAAGACCACCCUUACGUCGUCGUCUGGAUUGAUCAAGACCCAAGAAACCCGAUGCUUUACUCCGAAUUGAAGAAAUGGAGCUUGACAAUGCUGGUCGCGAUGGCUACUUUGGCCGUCGCAUUUGUGUCAUCUGCCUUCUCUGGAGGCACCCGAGAAAUUAUUCGAGACUUCGGAGCCAGCCAGGAAGUCGUCACUUUAGGAGUGUCACUCUUCGUGUUGGGCUUCGCCAUUGGACCUCUAUUGUGGGCACCACUGUCUGAGCUCUUUGGACGACAGUAUCUAUACAUCGGAACUUACCUUGGUCUGACAGCAUUCAAUGCCGGAGCGGCUGGAUCUCAGAAUAUCUGGACGCUGAUCAUCUUGCGAUUCUUCGCGGGAGCCAUUGGCUCGAGCCCACUGACGAACGCCGGAGGUGUGAUUGCCGAUAUGUUUCCAGCUCGCGAACGUGGUCUAGCGAUGAGUUUGUUUGCCACAGCGCCGUUCAUGGGACCAGUCAUUGGGCCAAUCGCGAGCUUCGUCGGAGAGACAAUAGGUUGGCGCUGGAUUCAAGGCGUGAUGGCAAUCUUCACAGGCGUCCUCUGGCUGAUUGGCACAAUUGCCAUUCCUGAGACAUAUUCACCCGUCAUCCUUCGCCAACGGGCCAAGAAGCUCAGCAAGCUUACCGGAAAGGUAUACAGAAGUCGUGGUGACAUCGAGCAAGGCCAUACGACCAUUCUAGAGGUGUUCAAGACUUCGCUUUCACGACCCUGGAUCCUCCUCUUCCGCGAGCCCAUUGUAUUCCUGCUUUCCGUGUACAUGGCCAUCAUUUACGGCACACUCUACAUGUGCUUUGGAGCUUUCCCGAUUGUAUACCAGCAGUACAGAGGUUGGUCGCCAGGCAUCGGUGGUCUCGCUUUCCUUGGCGUGGCUGUGGGAAUGCUGAUAGCUGUCGCAUACAGCGUUUGGGACAAUAAACGCUAUGCAAAGAUCAGCGACGAAUACCAAGGAUUUGCGCCUCCAGAGUCUCGCCUCCCGUUGUGUAUGGUUGGCUCAAUAGCCGUUCCGAUUGGGCUGUUCUGGUUCGCCUGGACUAAUUAUCCAAGUAUACACUGGAUUGUCUCGAUCAUGGCUGGAGCGCCUUUCGGUUUCGGCAUGGUCUUGAUCUUUUUAGGGAUCAUGAACUAUCUUAUUGACUCCUACACCAUCUUCGCUGCGUCGGUCCUCGCGGCGAAUUCGGUCUUGCGGUCGUUAUUUGGUGCCGCCUUCCCACUUUUCACGAGCCAGAUGUUCGCGAACCUUGGAAUCCACUGGGCUGCAUCGAUUCCUGCCUUACUGGCGCUCAUCUGUGUUCCGUUUCCAUUUCUAUUCUGGAAAUUUGGCGCCCGCAUAAGAACCAAAUGCAAGUACGCAGCUCAGAGCGAAUCCUUCAUGCGACAGAUGAUGAACCAGACAUUAUCGAAGCCACAGGAAGACGAAAAUGCAGAUCCUUUCUCCGAGGGUGAGACCACAGCAGCAGAGAACACAGAUACGGACGAGAAGCCCCAGGAUUCUGAGUCUCCCGUCGAGGGCAAGGAGUCCCGUCGACGGAGCAGGCGCGAGGAGGAAGAAGAAGAGGCGCGAAGAGAAUCCAUCAUUGAGUCUGAAAUCGGAGAAGAUGAUGAGCCUCGCUUUGCUCCAAUCACAGCGAGCAAGUCUCGGACCGCUCAACCUGAGACGAGCUACGAACUUUCACCUUUCGAUCUUGACCGGGUCAAUACUCGGGAGAGCUUCAAGAGAAGCGCGAGUCGCAGCAGAGCGAAUAGUCGAUCGAGCUCAAAGAGUCGGAGGUAGACGACAUGGUCAGCGUUUGAUGUUUUGAUAAUUAGCGAGCGAGGAGUUCUGGCACGACGAGGAGGUCCUUGCAGUGAUACGAACAUGCCAUAAAAUGUACAGCGUAGUAUUUAAUCACAAUAGCAUCUGACGCUUGGCGCACUUGG